UUUUACCGAAGUCGUUGCCUCUCCUUGUUCGGGCGGUGCUCGGCGUUCGAUGUCACCUAGCCAUCAUUGAUCCUUUUUUCAUUUUCCAUUGGUUCUGUCUUGUCUUCCCACACACCUGUUUUCAAUCCCAUUCAUUACCUGUUGUGUAUUUAACCCUCUGUUUCCCCUCAUGUCUUUGUCAGAGAUUGUUUUAUUGUCGGUAUAGUGUGAUCGUUGUAUAGGUGCGCGUCGGGUCCUCGUACCCAUGUUUGGUUUGUUUGUUCAUUUAUUGUUAUGGAGCAUACUCGUGGAACUUUAUUAAAAGACUCCAUUUUACACUCAGUUUGACUCUCCUGUGCCUGACUUCCCUGCCACCUAUUACACCUAUGCAUGACACUCUGUCUCUCCCUCUGCCCCUCCCUUCCCCUGGAUAAAUAUGGUAAUGAUGCCAGCAGCCUCUUUCUCUCCCUCUCUCUCCCUCUGCCCUUCCUGGAUAAAUAUGGUAAUAAUGCCAGCAGCCUCUGUCUCUCCCUCUGCCCUCCCCUCCCCUGGAUAAAUAUGGUAAUGAUACCAGCAGUCUCUGCCCCUCCCUCUGCCCUCCCUUCUCUGGAUAAAUAUUGACGCAUAAAACCACUAUAAAGCGUUGCUCACAUGGACACAGCAACAUCCCUUCAACAGAGGACAUCAGCCAGCCAUCUACAAUCUAGAGGACAUCAGUCAGCCAUCCACAAUCUAGAGGACAUCAGCCAGCCAUUUACAAUCUACAGGACAAUAACCUGCCAUCCACAAUCUCUCUGUGUGUGUAGCUAUGAGGGGAAUUGUCCUUCUCUUUCUGCUGUCUCUCUGGCCUGGAGGCAACGUGGAUGCUAUCAAUGCAGAGGUCUUGGCUAAAGUGGUACAAGAGAUGAGAAGGUUCGGCCUGCAGGGAAGCCAGUAUGCCAUGGCUGUCUUACUCACCCAAGAUCAGUGCACCAAUGGAGCAAACUUAAGAAUAAGCGAGCAACCUCAGAAUGUCCAGAAAGCACUUAAAGUUAACGCGGUCUACACAGGAAAAUGGCUCAUCGCAGCCACACCUCUUAAAAAAGUCCAGGCUGGCAGACUUGAUAAAACAGACCAUGCUGAGUACCGUCUCUUGAGUCCUGGUAAUAACAACCUCAGCCCAAUGAAGACUCUGAUAAACAUCGCUGUUAGGAAUGCUGGUCAAUGCAUCGUCUUCUUCUCCACCUACUCUCCCUGCCUGGAGAAAUGCAACAAACCUUAUGGACAAUACAAUAUUCUCCCCCUCAUAGAGGAUAAUUUCAAACACAUCAAAGACAACAACCUGAAGGCCUUUGUCUUCUCCUCGGUUUGGGACCCUUCAAAGAACCAUACAGGAGUGACCAAACCGACUAAGCAGCUGGUGCUGGACUCCUUCAGGAGAAUAGAAACAUACCUCCCUUUAUAUCGUUGUGACAGAUUCAAGGAAAACAAUAAAUGGGUCAACAGAUGUUACCGUUGUGUCAAUAAACCAGAUGACUGUCUGUCUGGAUACUAAUAGUGUACACUAUCUGUAUGGGUACUAAUAGUGGACACUGUCUGUAUGGAUACUACUAGUGUACACUAUCUGUAUGGGUACUAAUAGUGGACACUGUCUGUAUGGAUACUACUAGUGUACACUAUCUGUAUGGAUACUAAUAGUGUACACUAUCUGUAUGGAUACUACUAGUGUACACUAUCUGUAUGGAUACUAAUAGUGGACACUGUCUGUAUGGAUAAUACUAGUGUACACUAACUAGAUGGGUACUAAUAGUGUACACUGUCUGUCUGGAUACUACUAGUGUACACUAUCUGUAUGGAUACUAAUAGUGGACACUGUCUGUAUGGAUACUAAUAGUGGACACUAUCUGUAUGGAUACUAAUAGUGGACACUAUCUGUAUGGAUACUACCAGUGUACACUAUCUGUAUGGAUACUAAUAGUGUACACUAUCUGUAUGGAUACUACUAGUGUACACUAUCUGUAUGGAUACUAAUAGUGGACACUAUCUGUAUGGAUACUACCAGUGUACACUAUCUGUAUGGAUACUAAUAGUGUACACUAUCUGUAUGGAUACUAAUAGUGGACACUGUCUGUAUGGGUACUACUAGUGUACACUGUCUGUAUGGAUACUAAUAGUGUACACUGUCUGUAUGGGUACUACUAGUGUACACUGUCUCAAUGGUGGAAAUAUAGAAAUGUAUAUUUU